ACUGAAAACAAAUAUGGCUAGAUACUACAGAUAUUCAUUCUUAGACUAUCUUUCCCCUCCUCCUGUCCACCUAUGUUUAUUUGUUUUCAUCCUCUUCUUUGUACUGGGUUUUUCCUGGUACAUAAACUAUGAGUCCAUGUUUGAGGAUUUCAUCAACCAGCUCAAAUUCUUCCUCAUGCUGACCCCGCUUGUUCUGCUUGUUCUGGUUCACUGCUUAUCUGGGAGAGUUCCUUUCCUCAUUCCAUUACCGGAGCAAGAUUCACUUCACAGAGCAGGAGGGUCGCCAUGGGGGGUUGCACUUGUGCUUGUGUUCCUUCUAUAUAUGAUCUCCUAUCAGUCUUCUUUUCAUGAGCGUUGGUUUCCAUUGGUGACUAAAUAAGUAAUCAAUUAACAGAUCACAUGUACGUAAGGUUGAGGUUGAGCUUGGCUUCUUUUUCGGUACACUAAGACUUGCUCUUGUAUCUUUCCAGAUUAAUCUCUAUCUAAUAUCUGUUGUAUUAAGUGAAGU